GCUCCGUCAGAAGAUAUUAAGAAAUGUUGGGUGCAGGAAAUUAGACGAUUAUUGCAAUCUCAAUUCUCACAAGCUAAAGGUAUUUCUCGUUUGCGCAUGUCGUCACUAUACGUGUUAUUGACCGGCCAUCUUGGUUGAUUUUAAGACCUACUGUAUAGCCGUUAGAGUAAAAUGAGUUAUCCUACUAUUUCCUGAUUUGUUUUAAUUUAAACACAACUUACCGGCGGAAUUAUGGCUUAGUCUUUUAUUUAAGACAGCCUGUGGUAAAGUAGAAAUCAAGUAAUAAUUAUUGCAACAAGAAUACAUUACUUGUAAACAUAUUAUAUUAAUAUGAAUUGAUUCAUACCUAUAGAAUCCAGAUCUCAUUCAGUAAGUGCUACUUCUCCUGGAUUUCAGCGUGGUAUAAAAUUUGCAUCUCCUGCUGGGUAAGACAUUUACUAAUUUAAAAGAUUAAACUUUCCAAUCAGACGAGUUGAAUGAUAUAUUACAUUCCUUCAUCCGAUAAAAUAUUCCCGGAGAUAUCUCAAACAUGGCUUUCAUUUAAACAUGGCUGAGAGAGAAGAGUGCAUGAAUAGGCUUGUUAAGUAAUUGUGACAGUGAUCUGUCAAGUGAUGGUUAAUUAUAUAUAUUUUAGGGUGCGAAAUUUAAAAGUUUAAAACGCAUUUUGAGUUCAUUAGCGAGAAAUUUGUUAUGUGUUUUAUAAAUGGUCCACAUCAUGAGAAAAUUUGCUCAAUUUUAAGUCCUUUAAAUAGCUGCUGAAACUUUAAUUUUUUGGCACCAAUGCCUCCUAUAUCACGCAUACUCAAUUCAUGCUUUACCUAAUUUGCAUAUUGUUAUUGUGCAAAAAGUUAAAUAAGGUAAAUGCAUGAAUUGAGCAUGCAUGAUAGGCAUUGGUGCCAAGAAGUGAACGUUUCAGCAGCUAUUUAAAGAACUUAUGAUGAAGUACAUAUUCUGAUUGUAGACCAUUAAUAAGACACAUAACAAGUUUCUGGCCCAUGAACUCAAAUUGCGUUUUAAACUUUUAAAUUUCAUGCGCAAGCUAUUUUUAAUUCUGCUAAAAAAGACACCCCCUGAUCUGGAAAAUUUAUCUUUACGAAAUUGUUUUGUUUAUUCUACAUUAUAAGUACCCAAUCAAUCUAUAUUUAUCAAAAUUUUAUGACAUGAACGGAUUUGUGAAAUUGAGAGCCGUUUCAAAAUUGUCUACUUUUUUUAUACACCCUUUAAUGUAAUGUGUGCCUUUUAAACUAUUUACACCAAUCGAAAUUUUGACAUUUAUAUAAUAUCUUCAAAAACAAUAUAAUACCAUCAAAAAUACAUGCCUAAUGCUAUGACAUACCUCAUGAACAGUAAACGAAGAUACAAUGGGUAAAACCAAAAGGUCCAAUCCACAAAACAAAUAAAUAAAUGAAAUAAAAAAUAAAUGUGGGUACCGCAGGGAUCUGUACUUGCAUGGACCCAUGGCUAUUUCUCGUAUACAUGCAUUAAUGAUUUUCCAAAAUGUUCCUUAUUUUCUGAGUUUCACUUGUUUGCAAAUAAUGCGGCAAGUAUUUUCUAUGAACAAUCGUCUCUUUCAACUCUUUGACUGGAAAAUCAGUGGCGUAACGGGAGGGUGUCAGGGUGUCCAGUGACGGGGGGCCCCCGACAAAAAUGACCUUAAAAAAUUUGAUAGCACAUUUCUGGGGAAUUGAAUUAAUUGAAUUGAAUUGAAUAAAAAUAACCCAUUCUCUGGAAAAGGCAAAAUCCAUCCAGAAAUUUCCCGAAGCUGCGACGGAUUAAGUACGUCGCGGCUGAGGUAAAGGACGAGAUACUAGAAUGAAUUAAUUGCAAUUUCAUUGGGUAUGUCCGUAAAAAAAUUUGGACCCCUAAAAUGGUACAAUAUCCGAAAAUUUUUGGCGAGUGGGGGUGGUGGUGGGGGGGGGGAGGUCGCCAAAAAUAAAUUGUUCCGAGAAAAAUUUUUGGAGCCUAUUUUUAGUGGAGCAAAGGGGCCCAAAGUGGCCGAUUGACGGAGGGUCCCCAGCGGUUGCGUUACGCCACUGUGGAAAAUACUUAAAUAAAUAAGGAAGUAAAUAGAGUUAACAUUUGGUUAAAUGUGGAAAAAUGGUUUAAAUGUGGAAAAAUAUAAAUAGGUUAUUUUCCACCCACUAUUUUUAUUAAAAUCUUAUAGGAACUAUUAUCUUUUCUAAUUUUGAUGAACAUUCAAGUAAAUUUUUUAAGCAAAUAUAGAGAUUUUAAAGUUCCCAAACCUAUAGCAUAUGGAAAAUGUAUUACGGAACAUAUAUAAGGGCAUGGUUCAUUUAUAUUUUAAUUCUGCUAAACUAUAUAGAUUUGGUGUUACAUUACCAAUUCUUCAUUUAUCAUUCUACCAUAAUAAAACGUUUCGUUUCAUCUGUAGUGCUUCUGAGAGGAGAAAGAGCGCUGAACACCUGAGGUAAUGAUAAUAAGAAUAUCAUGCAUUCCUUUGUGUUGUUAAAGGCCCUGUCACACUAUUGCGUAUGAGAGAAACGUAUGAGAAGCGUAUGAAAAUUAAUGAAAUAAUUUUCAUACGCACAAAAAUCCUUUGAAAUGCCAGCGUAUGAGUACCGUACAUCUGGCGUACCUCUAGCGUAUUCAGCGUGUGCCUAGAGUAUGCUUAUCGUAUAAAGCAUACGUCCGAUACGCACAAAAUUUUUGAACAUGCUUAAAAAAAUUUUCUGCCUCGCCGUAUGCCAGCGUAUGCCACCGUAUGCGACCGUGCUUGAAACGUAUGACAACCUAUGCCUAACGUACCCCUAGCGUAUGUCAGCGUAUACCGGCGUAUGAGUGAUAUUUUUCAUACGCUGGGAUACGCUAGUAUGAUACGCAAUAGUGUGAGAGGGCCUUAAAAUGCUAGUUUGAAAAUGAUAUAACUUCAACACAUAAUUUGCAUUUUCAAAAACGACAUAUAAUGCAAUUAUUAUCGAGGUAUUAAAAGUACCAUAGAAUUGUUCAAAGAUUCCAGGUUCGAAGAGAUUUUUAUAAUAUCCUUUUUUAAACUUUUUAUAAUAUCCUUUUGCGUAUAUACAGGGUGUAUAAAAAAAACUGAACAGAUUUGAAAUUGCUCUCAAUUUCGCAAAACAGCCAUUAGUAUCUAGUUUUUGAUGUAUAUAGCUUCCAUGGGUACUUAUAAGAUAGAAUAAUGAAAAGAAUUUCUCGAACUGAAAAUUUGUGAACCAGGGGGGGUGUCUUUUCCAACAAACUAAAAAUGGCUUGCGCACAAAAUUUAAAAGCUUUAAUCGUAUUUUGAGUUAAUGGAUGGAAAAUUUGUUGGGUUUUUAAUUACUGUACAAAAUUGCAGACAAUUUACUUUAGUUUAAGCCCUUCACAUAUCCAUUUUUCCCUAAAAAAUCAGCCUUUCGCAUGCUUAAUUAAUGCCUUUGCCUAAUUUGCAUAUUACUGACAUAUGCAAAUUGGGCAAAUGCAAUAAUUAAGCAUGCAAAUUGCUGAUUUUUCACGAAAAUUGUAAGUUUGCGUGGAUAGUUGAAGUGCUUAAACUGGAGCAAAUUGUUUGAAAUUUUGUGCAGCAAUUAAACACCCGACACAUUUUUCAUCCAUUAACUCAAAAUACGAUUAUAACUUUUAAAUCGCAUGCGCAAGCCAUUUUUAAUUUGUCGGAAAAGACCCCCCCCUGGUUUACAAAAUUUGUGUUCGCGAAAUUUUUUCAUUCUACAUUAUGAGUACCCAAAGAAGCCAUAUAUAUAUAAAAAGCUGGAUACUAAUAGCUGUUUUGCGAAAUUGAGAGCAAUUUCAAAUCUGUUCAGUUUUUUUUAUACACCCUGUAUAAUCAUAUAACUAUCUAUAUCCCGACCUCUCCUUGUCGAUCCCUUGUGAACCUGUUUAUACUCUCUGAAAUGGCUUGUCCUGCGCUCUGAGGAAGAUUUGACCCACAGAAACCUCGUGUUAACUUCUUACAACAACUGUUUCAAGCCACAUCAUGGAGUUAUGAAUAAUUAACAGAUUUAAUUAACUUUAUUUUUAGAGGGACUUAGCUCCCUCUUUUCUCUGCUUUUUUAAAGUUUGGAGGAAGCCCCUCCACCAUCCCUAGCUCUCUCCAGGUUCCGCCACCUGUGAAUACAACCACAUAAGCCACGAUUACAAUAUGCUAGAAAGUAUUAUUACUAUUAUAACUAUAAUUAUUCAGCUACUACAAUAGAGGAACCGACCUCGUUUCUUUUUGACAAUAACAUGCUUUUCCUUCAACUGCAUGAGUUUACAAACCGCCCCGAUGAAUACAACUGCAGAAUACACAAUAAACAUGAUCGAAAUGCAAUGAACUGCAAUGUUUACCCUAAUCUAAAUAUGUUUUCUCUAUUUCAGGAUUACAAAUAACAACGGAGAACAAUACGAAGAUUCCAAUAGUUAUGAAGAAGAUGACAAUUAUGAUGACGACGAUGAGUGGUCUGAUGACAGUGAGUGGUCUGACGAUGAUGACCAAACAAAGACGGUAGGUUUAUAGGUUUUUAUUGGUGUUUAUUAUAUACUUGACAAAAUUACUGCAAUCUGAUUGGUUAAGAGGAGUGCAAUUAUUUCAUUAAUUGCACUCUCCAGGAGUGCAAUUAAUGAUUUUCGUGAUGGCUGGGGGGAGCGGGAAAUCAAAUCAACAAAAUCCAAUAUGGCGACGAGAUUUAGAUACGUAUUUCUAACAAAUGUGGACUAAUUUAACUGAAUUUUGGUACAAGAAUGAGUUUAAGAAACAUUGUAUGGCAAAAAAAGCCUGUGGAAAAUACCUGGAGACAGUCUUAAGAAAUAAUCUUGGCGGGAUGCAGCGAAACGUGACUAUGUAAGUUUGAAAUACAAUUUAUAAAGGUUUUCUUAGUCUAUAUGUUGUUUGAGUUGUUUGUCUAAAUAUGUUGUUUGAGUUUGAAUCUUGUGUCCUAGUUUAAGUUAUGUGCCUUUAUGAGUUUAUAAUCAUUUCCCAAGUUUGUUUAUACCAAAUUGCUUACAAAAGAAUUAAAAACUCUUGACAAAAUGCAGUUGAAAUAUAAAGAAAGCGAUUUUGUCAUGCAUAUAAUAAAUAAAUAAUCACACGGGCAAGUCGUGCAAUUAGUGAUUAACACUACUCGUGAUAUUUGAAAAAUGUGCCAAAUUGCACUCGCCUCGGCGGCUCGUGCAAUUUUGGCACAUUUUUCAAAUAUCACUCGUAGUGUUAAUCAUUAAUUGCACUCCUUCCCGUGUGAUUACCUAUACUAAUUUCCUUUAUCUUAACAUUAUUUUAAUUCGUAUGUGUUUUAUGAUAUAGCGAUCUCACAGGAUAUUAGCUCAUAUCCUGCUAGUAGAGAAAAACAAAAUGGCGGCUCGAACCGAAUUUACGACGUUUUGCCAACGAGAAAACAGCAAGUUGUUCGCUUUUUAUAGUCUUUACAGGAUUAAAAAGACAAUGAAAAAACUCCCACAAGCAAAGGUUAGCAAAUGAAUUUUUAAAAUUUGAAAUGGUUAAAAAUAUAUAUUUUGGAAAUAUAAUCGGCCAAAAGAGAGAAGAUAAAAACAUGUUAACAAAAUACUCAUUAGAAAAAAUAUUGAAGAUAUCCGAAAAGCAAAGUCUAUGAAUUCAGACCUUGUGUAUAUAAUAAAACAGUUAUUCCACUCACUCUCGUCGAAUAUGAGAAAUAGCCGAUUCGGCGCUACACGCCUCAUCGGCUAUCAGCUCAUAUUCGACUCGAGUUCGUAGAAUAACUGUUAAUUAUUCGUUCCAUUCCUUAUAGCGUUUAUCGGCAGCACUUUCGCGAUAGUAACUUCUAGUAUUAGUUUAUAUUUUCGUUAGUCGUUAUCACUUUGACUAAAUAAAUUAUGUCGUUUCAAAUGGUAGGUAUAUGCGUCUGCGACUCUGCCGUGCAGUCUCCCAAAUUGCCAGUUUCGUUUCUUAUAAAAAAAAUAUUGAGAGACAAUUUUUCAGUGUAUGUCGCGUAAAAUCGUUUAAACGUAAAAUUGUUUGGCACACCUCUCAAAAUUACUUAAUUACAAAAUUAGUUUUAACUUCAUACAUGCAGUAGUAAAAGUAAAAAAUGUAAAUUAAUUAAAAUACAAUUAUCAAUGAUGCUUUAUAAGUGACGAUAUUUACAGCAAUAUAUGCAAAACAGUAAUUCAGUAGUUCGGGCCCGCAGUAAUUGGCUCACGCUGUUGCGGUCACCCUGCCGAUAGUCAUGCAAAUUAUUCUUGUUCUUGUUAUAGUUUUGUGUAUUGUAAUAUGGCGAAACUAAUAAAUAGAAUAAAAUAAAACUUACGAAAUCAUUUAUCCUCUAAAAUCUAUCUAAAAUCUCUUCUUUUACGCAUUAUUGUACAGAUAAAGUACCAGCUUUUUAAGCUUGUUUGGAGAUUGAGAAGCACAUCAGUUUUAAGUCAUAAAUUACACAAAUUGUUCAAUGAAGGUUUCCUAGACUUCCUAGUGAGCGAAGCAAACAUAGAUCACAACUUACUAAGGGUCUAAUGGCCGGGGAUCUUUGAAUGUCUUCAAGCAGUCUGCUGACUGCAGUGAAUGCGAUUGUUUGUAAGAUACAAGCUAUCCAUCAAAUGUUUUGUUUGCUAACCUCGAACUAGUUCAAACUCCACCACCACUACUUUCACCAAUACGUUCUCUUUUACUAUUAAAGAAUGAUGAAGAAGAACCGCAAGUAAUCUACACAGCGAUAGCUGACUACACGUCAUUCGAGACGACUGAACUCAGUUUUGUUCAAGGAGAUAUUCUACAAGUUCUCAGAGUUGGUGAUGGAGGAUGGUGGUUUGCAAGAUCGCAGAGAACAUCUCAAGAGGGCUGGGUACCCGGUAGUUAUUUGGAAGAAGUUAAUCAGGAUGUAAAUAGUGAAUAA